GGGGCGGAGAGAUUAGGGGGGAAAAUUAGUUAUUACCCAUGUGCUUUCAAGGGGAAGGCGUGUGUCUUGCUGAGUGGUGCUUGGCGAGUUACAGUGAACAAUGGCAAGUAUUGCCAAGUUUAAUAUUGAUGCCCCUCGCUGGGACCAGAAUACUUUUUUGGGGCGUGUAAAGCACUUUUUCAACAUCACAGAUCCACGGACGCUGCUGGUGUCAGAGCAAACGUUGGAUUCAGCUAAGACAAUUGUAGAGAAUUGCAGGGCAGGUUCGAUACCCCCUGGAACCAGUGAGGAACAGCUUUUCUAUGCCAAAAAGCUUUAUGACUCAGCUUUCCAUCCUGAUUCAGGAGAAAAAAUGAAUUUAAUAGGGAGAAUGUCGUUUCAAGUUCCUGGAGGAAUGGCUAUCACAGGCUGCAUGCUGCAAUUUUACAGAACAGUCCCGGCUGUGGUGUUUUGGCAGUGGGUAAAUCAGUCUUUUAACGCCAUUGUGAAUUACACCAACCGGAAUGCAGCUAGCCCCAUCUCGGUCAAGCAAAUUGGAGUGGCUUAUUUCACCGCUACCAGCACUGCCUUGGCAACUGCUGUGGGACUCAACCUUUACACUAAGAGAGCACCAUCCCUUGUGGCACGUUGGGUCCCAUUCGCAGCAGUAGCUGCUGCCAACUGUGUGAAUAUCCCCUUGAUGAGGCAACAGGAACUCAUUAAUGGGAUCACAGUGACAGAUGAAAAUGACAAUACUCUGGGAAAGUCCAGGAGAGCUGCAAUUAAAGGGAUAACUCAGGUGGUGGUUUCCCGCAUUGUUAUGGCUGCUCCUGGCAUGAUUUUAUUGCCUAUUAUCAUGGAGGCAUUAGAGAAAUAUCCCUUCAUGAAGAAAAUCCAGGUUCUCCAUGCUCCCUUGCAAACAGUUCUUGUUGGAGGAUUUCUUGUGUUCAUGGUCCCAGUUGCCUGCGCACUUUUCCCCCAGAGAAGUUCAAUUGCACUUUCAUACCUGGAGCCUGAACUAAGAGAACGAAUUGUAGCUGAACAUGGGGACAAAGUGACUUUUGUCUAUUUUAAUAAGGGUUUAUGAGUGAGAACUGCCUGGACUUGGUGCUUAUGGAUUCCUCCUGGAUAAAAACCUUUAUAGGGUGUUGUCAGGAACAGAGCUCAGAAUAUUCCAGAAGGAGCAGCACUCCAUCUACUUUCUUGUUUUCUUUGUGUGUGUUUGUGUGUCCGGGUAUAGACAGAAAUCGGGCAAAUCUGAGCCUUUCUUUCUGCUACAUCCUCAUUGUGACAAAUGUCUGGGUUUUCGAAUGUGUCAUUUUCUGCUUUAUGGCAAUGUUGAGAAUGCAUUACUUGUAGCCAAUUGGUAGGCAAUGGAAUUACUUGGAAGCAGUUAUUCCAAGCCUUAAAUCCGCCUUGAUCCUUCGGGGGCACAAAAUAUUUCCUGAACCAUAUUCCUCUGUGUUUUGAACACCAUAACUAAGUGUCUUUAAUCCAAAAAUGAACCUGCAGCUCCAUACACAGAUACUUAGGAACAAGUUCUGCAUAACACAGAAGAACCACUUUUGGAAAAAAAGAUCCACAGCAUUGCAUUUUGAUUUAGAAAUUAAUUUUUAACAUCAAAUCAUUCUACUUCGCCCAUAAUAAAUUCUACUUUUUAAUUGAACCAGACUAUAUUAUUAAAAUACAUUAUUAAUCAAGACAUAUUAUGCUUAAGGUGACAAAAUAGAAAUUUGUUCAUUCUGUAGGUAUGUUCUCAUCUAGCUACUAAUGCUUUGUUAACAUUAAUUACUAACAAAUGUUAAAUAGCCAAUUCAGAACCGUGUAAGAGAACAUAAUUAUGGAGUCUUGCAAUAGAUAUAAUAUCCUUUAAAUUAUCUAUUAGUUCAGUUUGGCAACUUCAUCUUCAAUCAUGUACAAAUGAGCAGUAUUUCUGAAAACAGCUGGUCUGCUUGAUUUUUUUUUUCUGUUCCUGAACCUGUCAGUAAUUUUCCUUAAAACAGCAUUAUGAAUUAGAAAUAUAGCUAGAACAGUCUAGCAUCCCUUUCCCACAGUACACUGGAAGAUACCUCCUGGACAUCCAUCCCCUUAAAUUGGACAUGAAAGUGUACAAAUAUGAGUCUUUACUUAACAGGAUAUUCUUUAUUGCAUGCUUCAAAAGCUUUCCUUCAUCUGCUUAAUUAGUGUGAGAACUAUUUUUAUUCUCCUUAAAAUCAUGAUAGGCUACUUUUGUGACACACGUGGAUUGAAAACUCCAAAAAUUAGACAGAAAUGUAUGUGCUUUUAAAUAAAAAACUUUUAGCUACGGUUGCUAUUAAAAACCUAAAUUUUGUAAGUAAUUCACCAAAGUAGCAUAGGAAGUGUAGGGCAUCUGGAUAUCUGGAGCUCCUUAGUGCGGUUUAGCCUGGACAUUUUUCAAUCAUUAAAAAGGGAAAGGAUGCUUUUACAACCUGAGGGAUUAGUCUGAAGACAACUUGCCUGAAGUGACCUAAUAAUGAAUUAUUCCAAUGAUUACUGUACGUGCCUUUUACAGGGCUAGAUUAAGGCCAACUGAUGCUUUAAGCAUGACCCAACAAUGGUGCCUCUCAUCUCUCCAAUUGCUUAACUAACAAGAUAUUGAGACUCAAUAAGGGCUAAAAAGUUAUUUUGUACAUGGCAAUGAAAAACUUAAGGGUAGUCCUCAAUUUACAACCAUAACUGAGCCCCAAAAUUCUGUUGCUAAGUGAGACAUUUGUUAAGUGAAUUUUGCCCUGUUUUAUGACCUUUCUUGCCACGGUUGUUAAGUGAAUCACUGCAGUUGUUAAAUUAGUAACAUGAUUGUUAAGUGAAUCUGGCUUCCCUGUUGACAUUGACAUUGCUUGUUAGAAGAUUACAAAAAUUAAUCACAUGAUCCCAGAAUACUGUAACCAUCAAAAAUAUGAACCAGUUGCCAAGCAUUCGAAUUUUGUUCAUGUGACCAUGAUGCUGCAGUGGUCGUAAGUGUUAAAAACGGUUGCAAGUCACUUUUUUCAGGGCUGUUGUACCUUUCAACGGUCAGUAAAUGAACUGUUGUAAGUCAAGGACUAUCUGUAACCAGGGAAAAAGUGAUGUUCCCCUUCCCUUGGUGCCUCAAGCACAUGCUUAUUUUGCUUAAUGGUUAAUCCAGGCCUGACCUUGGGUACCUAUGAAUAUUUGGACCUACUUCCUAGUCAGGAAGUUAUUGAAGUGAUGGGGAGAAGACUGAUUUUAUCACAAGAGGCAGCUGAUAUUCAAAAGUGUUCUGAAUCAGAAGCAGACAAAUGGUUCACAAAUAUUGAUUAACUUAUUCUCUACAAAUUUAUCUGGUUCUUUUUAAAAAGCCCUUUUAUACAUAGUGGCAUUCACCAUGUCUUUUUACAGGAAAACCUGUACAUUAGUAUAUUAAGAAUUUUUUUUCCCUGUUGUGAAUUUCCUACUUUCGUUGAAUAAAUCCAAAUGCAAGUUGUUGUCAAUGAGAAAACGUCCCUUCUCUUUACAUUUUCACUAUGCAUAGUUUCAUAUUUCACUUACUGUUUGUUGUUGUUUUUUAAAUCACAUUUUGGAACUUUCUCUCAUAAGAAAGAUGGUCCAAGUCUUUCUGAUAUUUUAGUUCUACAGUACAGGUACUCCUUGACAUACAACCACAGUGGAGCCCAAAAGUUCUGUUGCUAAGUGAGUCGGUUAAGUGAUUUUGCCCCAUUUUACAAGCUUCCUUGUCAUAGUUGUUAAGUGAAUCUGACUCCCAUUGACUGCUUGCCAGAAGGUUGCAAAACAUAAUCAUGUGAUCUUGGGAUAUUGCAACCAUCAUAAAUAUGAACCAGUUGCCAAGCAUCUGAAUUUUGAUCACGAGAUGAUGGGGAUGCAACAGUCAUAACUGUGAAUGGUCAUAAGACACUUUUCAGUGCCAUAGUAACUUCAAACUGUCACUAAACGAAUGGUUGUAAAUCAAGGAUGACUUACCUACUUUUUUGAGAUAAGGUAACUCAAAUGUUUAUAUUGUAGUACAGGUGUGGCGCACCAUGUAUACCAGGACUUUACGGAAGCUUCCUUUUGGUUAUUUUUAAUAAUAAGCAACAUGGUGCUGCGUUUGCCUUUCUGAAGAUGUCCCUACCAUUUUUAUACCUUUUUGCCAAAAUUGAUAGUCAUCAUAGAGUAUCAAUCAAGUCUUUAGUAAAUGCUAGGAAAUCAAAUUUGGAGCCUGCCUAAUUGUGUUGAUUUGUUCGUUUGUUUUAAAGAGAGAUUUCUUUUCAAGACGAUUCAGCAAUUGCCCAACUCAAGAUCUUGUUUCCAUAGCUUUUGUUUUUUCUUUUUUUUAGUAAGCACAUAUUACAUUUGCAUAGAAUGUGUAGGUAUAAUUUGUAACGUUUAUGGAUGGAUGCAAGAAACAACAUCUUAAAUUCUUUGCUCUGUUUUGA